AUGAAAUUGGAUACAUCUCACAUGAGAUAUUUAACAACUGAUGAUUUUCGUGUCCUCCAAGCCGUUGAACAAGGUUCUAGAAGUCACGAAGUUGUUCCAACUCCCUUGAUUCAUCAAAUUUCAGGGAUGAGAUCACAAUCAGGUACGAAUCGAGCUAUUAGUGAUUUGGCCAAACUCAGUUUGAUUUCAAAGAUGAGAAAUAUCAAAUAUGAUGGCUAUAGGUUAACAUAUAAUGGUAUUGAUUACCUGGCUUUAAAGACUAUGCUGAACAGGGAUACCGUGUAUUCUGUUGGAAACACCAUCGGUGUUGGUAAAGAAUCUGAUAUUUAUAAAGUGAGCGAUAAAAAUGGCAAGCCCAGAGUAAUGAAGAUCCACAGAUUAGGAAGAACUUCCUUCCAUUCUGUAAGGAAUAAUAGAGAUUAUUUGAGGAAUUCUAACCAAGGCGCUAACUGGAUGCACCUUUCACGUUUGGCCGCUAACAAAGAAUAUCAGUUUAUGUCGAUGCUUUAUUCAAAGGGCUUCAAGGUUCCUGAACCAUUUGAUAAUUCUCGCCAUAUCGUUGUGAUGGAGCUUAUUGAAGGUUACCCAAUGAGAAGACUGAGGAAACAUAAAAAUAUACCUAAACUUUAUAGUGACCUAAUGUGUUUCAUCGUUGAGCUAGCCAAUAGUGGACUCAUCCAUUGUGAUUUUAAUGAAUUCAAUAUUAUGAUCAAGAACGAAGUAGAAGAUGAAAAGGACUGCGGUUUUGUAGUUAUUGAUUUUCCACAAUGUGUAUCCAUUCAACAUCAAGAUGCUGACUAUUAUUUUCAGAGGGAUGUUGAUUGUAUUCGCCGUUUCUUCAAAAAGAAGCUAAAGUACGAACCAAAGCCGGAUCCAUCAAUGCUUGAUACUGAAGGUUUUGGAGACGGUUAUAAAUAUGCAUAUCCAGAAUUCAAACGAGACGUUAAAAGAAGUGACAAUUUGGAUGAAUUGGUACAAGCUUCAGGGUUUAGUAAAAAACAUCCAGGUGAUAGAAGCUUAGAAACUGCCGUCGAAAGCAUGAGAAAUGCUGUUUAUGAUUCAGAUGAGGGAGUUGAAGUGGAAAGCGGAGAGAACGAUAAUUCAGAGGUGGAUGACUACUAUGAUUCUGAAAUUAAUGAUGAGAGUUCUGGAGAUGAUAGCGAAGAUGCACAAGAAGAAGAAAAUGAACGAAUUAUAGAGGCACUUUCAAGUGGUGUUGAAAAUCUAAAAAUGGACAAAUUAGGAAACUAUAUACUAGAGUAG